AUGAUUACAAUGUAUAAAUGGUCGAUAAUAUCAUUAUUAUUUGUUAUAAUUAAAAUUAAUUGUAUGGAUAAUAUUUGUUAUUAUAUGGUUACUAAAUCUGAUAACAAUAUUGAUAGUUGUAUUAGUGAUCAAUGUUAUAAAUAUAUUGAUCCAUAUUCAAUUAUGGUUACACCAAAUAAUUGUAAAACAAAUUUACUUUAUUUAUCAUUUUCAUCAUAUAAAAAUUAUAGUUUAUUUAUUAAUCGAAUAAAAUGGAAAUUAUCUGAUUUAUUUCCAUCAAGAUCAAUUAAUGGAAUUCGUCUUUUGAGAAUAUUUAUUAAUUAUAUUGAUUAUGAUGAUCAACCAGUUAAUCAUAAUGAAUUAAUUCGUUUAGGAAAUCAUAUUGAUUUAUAUGAAUUAUUUAUUAAAAAUCUUCCAAAUAAUUAUUAUCUUGAUCAAUUAAUACAUUAUGAUCAAAAUUAUCCUCAAUGGUAUAUUAUCAAAGUUCAAUUUAUUUGUAAUUCAUUGAUAACAUAUAAUGAAAAUGCUUGUUCAAGUAAAAUUGUUAUACCAUCAUUAUUUUCUCGUCAACAUCAAUUAUUUACAAAAAAAGAAAAUUUUCUAUUAAAUAAUUCUUCAUUAAUAACCUAUUCUAAUAUUCAAUCAUAUGAACAAAAUCAAAAAUCAAUUUAUAAUAUAAUUAUUAUUUUAAUACCAUUAUUGAUUAUAUUGGUUGUAUUAAUCGUUUCUAUAUUGGUCUAUAGAAAUGUAUCUAUUAAACGAUGUUCAAACAUCGAUUUAACAACAAUAAGACGAAGAUCUUCAUCGAUUCCAACUUUAUCAAAUGAUCUUGAGAACAAAAACAGUACAAUAAUUGCAGAGAAUGUUGUCAAUAUGGAUCAAAUGCUAAACCAUAUAAAAUCUCUCGAUUACCAUCACCACACAAUGAAUCAAUUUACAAAGAAGUCCAACGACAUUUAUGAAAGAAUUAGUUUAGACAAUAAUUCUUUAUUUGGUCAACAAUAUUUUACACCAAUAUCAACUUCAUUUCGUUUUUAG